AUGCCAUACGCUGGGUUGGUGUCCAACAAGUCAGCGGACCCACCGGUUGUCUCUCCAUCUGGGGAGUGUGCUCUCUUAUGUUCAGUAAUUCAGCGGACUGGUCUUCCCCGUACUCGAAUGAUCUUUGGGCAAUUGCCCGUGUUCCAUGUUAACCUUGUUCCUCAUCUUAUUCUGUCCAGCUAUUUCUCCUUUGGGUACUUCGCCUCAGAGCCUCAGAGCCAAUGCAGGAUUUGCUGUUCAGAAGGACCCGAAGGCAUCCCGCAUGAUGCCAACCUCGGUUCACCUGCUCACGUAACACCCUAUCCAUCUGCCCGCUUAGGGGAACUAGCUCGCGCCGGCAGUGAGAUGUUCCCCAGGACAUCCUUCUUCCUCAUUCGACAGUUCUGGAUUCGGAACGCCAACACACUUGCCAAGAUAUUAAUUUCUUGCUUCUCCGGAGUGCUAGCGAAUUGGUCCUUGCCUUCAUCACUCAACGUGUCUGUCGAAACACUUCCGCUGCGCAGUAUUUUGCCAUUCCGUGCAUUCGCGCUCACGCGGCGAGACUUGGUACCAUGA